AUGCUCGGCAUCCUGAGCGCGAGGAGGGAGGCGCUCUUCCCGGCCCACAUCUGGAACGCGAGCUCCCCGAACGGCGGCCAGGGCGGCCGGGAGGAGACUGGCCGCGGCGGCGGGGCGAGCGUCCUGUUGGAGCUGCAGAGGCUGGCCUCCUUUGGCGGACCCCUGGACCUGGACUGCCUGACGUCGUGGCCCCCGUGCGGGGACCUGGCCGCCCCGGCCUCCCUCGACGCCAGGCUCGGCGGCUCGUACGACCUGGGCCCAGGCGCGGCAAGCGUGCGUCUCGCGCUGAGCGUCCCCGGAGGGCUGCCCGUCGCCGUGGGCUCCGGGUGCUCCGCCGACGCCGUCGGUGCCGUUGCCACCCUGGAGCGCCUGCAGCUCGCGAGCGGGCGGCUGAGCUUUGCCGCCCUGAACAUCACGGUGCCCGACGUGGCCAGAGGCCUCUGGGUGGCGUACAAUUUCAGCAGCAGCCCUGCGGCGGAGCAGUCGCUGUGCAUCCACACCCCUGAGGGCGGAGGUGGUCUUCUGAGUUUCAUCACGGCUGGCGUUCCAGUCGUGUGGAGCGCGGAGCCUUCCUCGUCCAUUCGGGUGGGCGAGGCCGCGGGUGCCAGGCGGCGCGCACUGCGGCAAGAAGACGCUGCACUAGGCAGUGUUGGCAGCACCAGGGCCGACAUUGUGGUGCAUUCUGGGGACGAGUCCAUCGACAUGGCGGUGGUAAUCAGUCACACGAGCAUUGGGCUUGUGAAUUUCAGCAUGAGCCCAGUGGUCCUCAGUGUCGGCCCAUUCCAGUUGAGUGAAGAACCAGAUCCUACGGAGCAUCACGGUCACAACGCGCUGCUGGAUUGUUACCGUGGGAGGCGCACCUGCGAAGUAAUGAAGCUGUGGACGUCGGAUGUGCUCGCGACGGCCAGUUCAGGUCAUGGUUCGGACAGCCUGGAGAGCAGCUUAGGUCUGAGCAUUGUGGCGCCUGACGGAGGGGACUUGAUUGCCCACCUCUUCUGGGACUGGUCAAGAGACAAGCAGCAUGCGUACCGCGUGCAAGGCGCCAUCUCUGGACAAGGACUCGUGGACGUGAGUUUCCUGUGGCCCCGCUUCUUGCUGCCGUCUUCGCUGCUCGGUGCCAGUCCUGGCAGGCGCCUCGUCAGCGAGGAGACGGUUGGCCUGGAACUCGCCUUCAACCUCACCGAUCCAUGGGACGGCAGCGAGGUGCUGCAUGGAUCCACCACCGGUGGCCUGCUGAGCAGCGUGUACUUCACCGGCGUCGACGCCUUCGUGGACCCAACGGGCGAGCGCCCGACGCGGGUUGCCGCGAAUUUGAGCACCGACUGGGCGGUUGAUAUGGGUGGGGAUAUAGACAUCCGGCUGACCAUCCCUGCUAUCAAUUUCGUCUUCACGGCUCGUACGACAACCGUAGUUCCUCCCAGAUGGGGCACAUGCUCCUGGAGGGGUUCGAGUUCCACUCCUUGCAGAAAGAGUUUGCUCUGUUCCACACCGUCGGUGUGGAGGACCUCGGGUUCGCCAUAG